AUGGCGACUACAGGGAACGCAUCGGUUGCGACGGGAACGACAACGGCGAAGAGAAAACCAGUGUUUGUGAAAGUGGAACAGCUAAAGCCUGGAACGACUGGUCACACAUUGACUGUCAAGGUCGUUGACUCCAAUCCGGUGGUUCCGGUUACCCGUAAAGCUCGUCCGGGUAGUUCUUCGAUGGGUCGUCCGUCUAAGCCUAGUCCAAUCGCUGAGUGUCUCAUUGGAGACGAAACCGGAUGUAUUCUCUUCACUGCUCGUAACGAACAAGUUGAUCUUAUGAAGCCAGGGGAAACGGUGAUACUGCGAAAUUCGAGGAUAGACAUGUACAAGGGUACAAUGAGGCUAGGGGUUGAUAAAUGGGGACGCAUUGAAGCUACUGAGCCAGCGUCUUUCACUGUCAAAGAGGAUAACAAUCUGUCUCUUGUUGAAUACGAGCUGAUUAACGUUAAUGAUCAGUGAUCCUUUUCAGUGUGUUUAUGGAAAGUUAACCCCUGAGAGUGAUUUUGAUCUGAUUCUUGGUCUUUGAUCUAGAUGAUGAAGAUUUGUGACUCGUUUAGAGAUGCUUGCUUCUAGGAUUUGCUUUUACCCUAAAACAUGAAACCAGGAUCUUGAUUUGGAAUAUUUAUUGAGUUCAUGACUUUCCUUAUUU